AUGGAGUCAACAUCCGAGCCGUCAAGCCCGUACCAAGUACACAUCGGAACCUGGACAAACUGGUCUCGUGGUCCUGUCUUCGGAGCGACUUUGACCCUCAAUCAACAACAAGGAUCUCUCUUAAUCGCCUUUGUGGCAUUUUUCAUCACCAUGGUGGGCGCCAGCUUCUGGCGAAUAUCUUGCUUCGUUUUCCAUCGCAUAUACUCCACCAGGGCCGCCCGCGAUGGGCUGCAUCAUCAGCGUCAAGCAAUCCUUCGAAACUCAGCAAAUGCCGCGAGUGGAUUUUUGGCUUUAAUCCAAGUCGGAUGGGCGUGGCGUCAAUACUGGAGAGUUUCCCCAGUCAUCGCCUAUACCUUGAUUUGCCUGGGCGCUUUCGCAAUUGCCAGCGGUUUCUCUUCACAGAUUUCUUCAGCAAUGGGCGACGAACUGUUGAUUUCGAGUCCGAAUUGUGGCCUCCUGGUGCACCGAUUCAGCAAUUCCUUAUCCUCUUUUGAAGGGAUUUUGAACCCCUACUGGACCAAAAGACUUGUCUCAGCCACCGAUUACGCACAACAAUGUUAUUCAUCAAAUAGCUCGAACGUCGGACUUCAAUGCGGGACUUUCAUCAAGAAGAGGCUUCCGACACUUGUCAAAAGGAAUGCAAGCUGUCCGUUCGAAGGGGGCAUAUGCCGAAGCAACACAUCAAAUCUUCUGCUGGAUACCGGCUUCCUGAAUAGCCUCGAACACUUUGGCGUAAACACUCCUUCUCGUGAGAGAUUUCUCUGGCGGAAAGUAGUUCAUUGCGCUCCCUUGGUUACUGAAGGUUACACGAUGCAAUAUAACUUCUCGGAUGCCGAUGGUGGCCAAUCGUACAUGCGGUAUUACUACGGGAAACACUUUGGAAAGGCAGAUUUCACAUACCAAUAUCCAAUCACAUCACCGAAAGGAGGUAUUAGGUUGAAUUACACAAGUGCGGACCCGAACUAUAGCCUCUCUGGCCUCAAGACCCUUGUUAAAAACCAUACCGUCGCAGAAAGAGUCUCCGAGUUUGAUCCUAUUCCAGAACUUCGACGAAUGGAUGGAGAUCUGGACAUUUUCUUCCUUUCCGCCACUAAUGUCGCUUUCAAUUCAUACUCAAAUGACAGUUGGUAUCAAAUAAAAGACUCGUCUGAUGCCAGCAUGGUAUCAGAUGAAAGCACCGGUGAGAUGGAUCUCUACUAUCAGAAAGAGCCUGCCUCUCCGAUGGCCUGCGUUACUAGGCAGCAGUACUGCUUUCCAAGUCUCUCCAAAGAGAACAGAUGCACUGCUCUCAGCUCCAACAUUGAUGCGGGCCUUGAUGCGGGCUACAUGCAUCAGAAAAGGAAAGACCAAGAUGGUUUCAUUUGGGUGUCACCAGUUUCUGCAUCGGCUAUGACAAUCAGUGAGGUUGUAAACAUUAUGGGGCAACAAGCCCUAGCUUCUAGGUAUAACUUCCGCCAUGGCAUCCAAGGGCCCAUAUCCGAGAACCAAUGGCAACUGGAUGUCGAGCAUUGGCAUGCCUCGACAUUGGCGCAUCUUCAGGAUGGGUAUCUCCACAAAGCAUCUGGGCCAACAGAUGAGCGGUUGUUCGAGUUUUUGGACAGGCCAGCAAACGCGAUCGAGAAGCGUUUAUGCAAGAGUCAGAAAAUGCUCAGCACCGAACACGCAUCUUUCAGCCUCUUCUGGCUCUACUUCAUCUUCAUCCUCGGAAUCCUCGUCAUCAUCAUUCAAUACAGCAUUGCGCCAAUCCUCGGCUGCAUCCAGAGACGCCGCAGUCUCGACUGUUAUACGCGUCUGGAAUGGAAUACCAAUGAUACCUUGCAGUUGCAGCGACUCGCGCAUGAAGAGCUCGGCCUAGGCACUUGGUCCGGUGCCGCCGAUGGCAUCCCUGUUACGCGUAGUGGGGAGAAACUGGCCGUCCUUGAUCUCACGGAUCCUCACCAUCCGAAGUUACGAGUGCCUUCUGAGGGCCUUGAGGGAGCUAUGGCAAAUUCAAAUGAAAGCCUAGGCUCCAAGGAGGCUGCCAGAGUGAGGGAAACGGAUGUUUUACUCAAUAAUCCGCCACCGAUUGUCACUGAUCAUUCUUUGUCGCCAUCCCAUAAUUCAGUCAUUCACUAGAACAUCAUCUUCCUUAAUGGGUCUUCUAUGACCAUCCACCUCCAAGCCUCAGCUGUGCAGCAAAUCCUCCGUGGAAGAGCCUGGAAGAAACGGGCAGAAAGUACAGGAAAAUUGGAGAGAGAUGGCGAACCGCCGUC